CGGCGGCCCUGGCCGCGCCCAGGGGAGGCAGAGGGGCGCCGCCGCGCAGCAGGUCCCGGCCCCUGCCGCAGCCCCCGUUCCAGCGCAGGCUUUAGGUCCACUCAACCAGCAGUAGAAGGUUUGGAGGGAGGGUAACCUGAAUGCACCGGACAAUGCUAACAAGAAAUCCGACCAGCUCACAAUCUUCCAGUUCCUAGAGAAGUCACCUUUGGUAGAUGAAAUGGAACUUGUUACUUUUGGUAUUCCUGAUGGAUUUCCGCCGCAACCUGCUGACAUUACGCGGAAGCUAGUUGGUCUCGUUGAUUCCUAUAAUACGAUGAUGCCUUUACGGCAAAAGUACUUAUACAAGAAGAUACGUGGGGAACGUGGCAAGGAGAUGGCAGACCUCGAGAAGACCUUGACAAGGUGUGUUAACCGCAUCGACGAGAAGAUUGAGGGGAUCAGGGAGGCAGGAGGAUUUUGUCCUAAUCGUCCGAAGCUAUUUGACAGUGUCCCGAAGCCCUUGAAGCAGCAGAAAGAAAAGGUCAAAUCUGGAGUGAAGUGAUCUUUGAGGAAUAUUUCCACUGACAUGCAAAAAUGUGGGGAGGGAAAUGAAAGCAGUAAAAGUACAGGCGCUUGUGCAUAGUGAUGGAUAUAAGCAGUAAAAGUACAGGCGCUUGUGCAUAGUGAUAUGGAAGAGGAUAUAAGCAGUAAAAGUACAGGCGCUUGUGCCUCGUUCCUCGUUUCUGUUUCCCAGUUAUUACAAACUUAAUAGCAUAUACUGUACAAUUCCUGUGACUAAAAUAGAUAGUUUGUUUUGGCACUCUAUACAUUGCUUCCUGUGCAACCGGCUGUAGUAGUACUUAGAGUAGUGUUGUCAAUGUCUCCUGGGUUUUAAUGUUGGUUGUAGCCUUACUUCAGACAUCCUCUUAUCUGCAGCUAGCUCAUGCUAUUA